AAAAAUACCAAACGCAGGAGUCUACUUGCAGCCUGCAGGUUAAUUUUCAAGUCAAGUAUUAUGGUUAAUAAUAUAAACACAUGAUUAAUUAUUACUUUUCAUUGCAACAACAGGCCCCAAAGGCUGUGUACUACCUGAGCAAUUUCCUGACACAAGACGAGGAGUCUAAAUUGUGGCAGGGAGUAUAUGCGGCUCCAAAGCCUAAGUGGACAGUGUUGAGCCACAGACGUCUCCAGAACUGGGGAGGCAAACCACAUGAGAAAGGCAUGGUGCCUGAACCUAUGCCUCAGUGGUUGCAAGAACUCGUCACCACCAGAGUGUCAGGCCUGGGCAUCUUUGGGGGCAUGGAAGCCAACCAUGUCCUGGUGAAUGAAUACUGCCCUGGCCAAGGCAUCAUGAGUUUGAAGGACCGCUUCCUUGGGUCCCUACUUCUGGAGCCCCGCAGUCUGCUCAUCCUGCAGGAGCGUGCGUACACCUCAUGUCUGCACGACAUCAGCUCCCACGCGCUACUGGAUCUCGUCAACAAAGACCGCGUUUUAAAUUGGCGUCAAACUGCGCUCGGUCAACAAGAAAACAUUGUCUGGAACAUAUUUUCUUCUCGAGGGGAAAAUUUUGAGGAUUUUCUUCAGAAGGGAGAAAAGUCAUCAGUUUCCAAAGACAUGCCAAGUAUUAACGACGUAAAUUUGAAGAACCAACUAAACACAAACGAAUUGGCAAAGCGUGAAGGAUUCCAAAAUUUUCAUGCUUGUGGUCGUUUACUUCUAGAUUUAAUGUCGGAUGAUCUGACAAAUCAGGAAUUUUUAGAAGAACUGACACGCUUUUGUGAAUAUGUUUCAAAGAAGACCAGAAAAAUUGUGGACAAUUCUCACAUACCUCCACUUGCGGAGGAAAAUACUAAUGGAAAAAAUGUAACGGAUGAGGAUGACAAUGAAUGUAAAACAGCUGUGUUUGAAAAUGAAUUCGCUUUAUGUUCUCGUAAUUUGCGACCUAACUCCGACUUUAGAAAUGGCAGUAUAGAAACAGAAAAUAACAUCCCCGAUAACUCUAAUCAGAAAUUAGCAAGUUUUAUUGAGCAAACAUCAGAAAGUUCAACCGUAAUUACAACUGAAGAUAUCCCUGUAAAGCUUCCAAGUUCAGAAAGCACUGCGGACACCGGAGACGCACCCCCUACGGCGUCUGAGGAGGCACUGCCGUCAUCUCUGUCUGUGUUGUCGGGGCUUGAUGGCUGUGGAACUCAGGAGUUGAAUGUUGUAGUUGGUGCCUUGGAAAUAAAAGGCAAUAAAUCUUUUAUAUUACGCAGAGGCACUAGAGUUUCUCUCACUAUUAGGCGAGUGCCUAAAGUUCUUAAAACCAAAUUGUUCCUUCAAAAGAAAAAUCGUUAGUUUUUGAACACAAUAUAGGUAUUUUUCAGGUAAUGCUAUUUAUACUAAUAUGAACUUAGUUUUUUAAAUGAGACAAAUAAAGCGGCUAACCUCUUUUGUCUUCGUGGUUUGAAGCUGCUUCUAUGUGAUAUUUUUAUGGAUAUUGAUUUAUUAUUUGUAUAAUCUUCAUAUGUUUAAGAUCUUGUCAAUGAAUCACUUUCACUUGUUUACAUUGCCUCUCUCUAAGUAACUAAUGUUGCUCAGCACUUCUCAUUUAGUUAUUCUCAUUUUGUGUCGCCUCAGUACAAAAACUCGAAAUUUGAACUAAUUUAUUACUAGAGUUUUAAGUCAUGAUGAAAGAAUUAGGUUGCCUUACAUGGCCGCCCAUCAUGAUGGUAAGGUAAUGGUUUCCUGAAGCAACGAACGCUACUCUAUCCCACGUCCUCAACACUCAGUGAAAUAAGCGAAAUAUUUCCAAACGAUGGUGCAUUGUUAAGCGCGUUUGUGAGUUAUCGUGACCCAGUUUCGACUGGUAUAAAGGGGUAUCAGGGAUGCGUGCUGCAAGUGUGUUACAGUUUGGAUAAUAUGUCCCAUGCGUUUUCUAAUUCAACUCGUGGCCAGCUGUCACUGUUCAGCAACUCGGAGCUCGCUGAUGGCCGUGUGAUUAUGACUCAACGUUCCUCAUCAGUAGCUUGAAUAAAUUUUGAGUUGUGUGUUUCCUGUUGAAUUGCAGAAUUGAAGACUAUUCACUAUACCCGUGAUUCCUCAUCACUAGCCUGAAUAGUUUCUUAGUUGUCUUUCUCCUGUUGAAUUAUUGAAUUGAAGACUAUUCACUAUACCCGUGAUUCUUAAUCACUAGCCUGAAUAAAUAGUUUCUUAGUUGUCUUUUUCCUGUUGAAUUGCAGAAUUGAAGACUAUUCACUAUACCCGUGAUUCCUAAUCACUAGCCUGAAUAGUUUCUUAGUUGUCUUUUCCUGUUGAAUUGCAGAAUUGAAGAUCAUUCACUAUACCCGUGAUUCUUUAUCACUAGCCUGAAUAACUAGUUUCUUAGUUGUCUUUUUCCUGUUGAAUUAUUGAAUUGAAGAGCCUUCACUAAACCCGUAUGGUCUAACGGACAGCACUGCAAGUAACAAUCUGUUAAUAGCCUUUACGUUUAAUUAUUUUUUGUAUAUAAUUAUCUUUAUAUUGGUCAGGCUUUAUUCAUCUGUCAUGUCUGUAAAUGUCUCUGCAUCAUUCACUUCUUUAAUUCAAUAAAUUGUGCAAGCGCUCGCAGGGACAGGUUUUGAACUGAGUCAGGUCGAUGCCUCGGAGCUGACGCUCUCAUUAUUGUUGAUAUUUAAUGAACAGAGGAAUAAACAUUCCAUUCAGGAGGGUUUUUGAUA